UUUUUUUUUCCCGGCGCAGCAGCCCGGGCAAGCGGAGAAGCUGGCCGGCACAAUGGGAAAAAAGCAGAACAAGAAAAAGGUGGAAGAGGUGCUGGAGGAGGAGGAGGAGGAGUACGUGGUGGAGAAGGUUCUGGACCGGCGCGUGGUCAAGGGCAAGGUGGAAUAUCUGCUCAAGUGGAAGGGAUUCUCCGACGAGGACAACACCUGGGAGCCCGAGGAGAACCUGGACUGCCCGGAUCUGAUCGCGGAAUUCCUGCAAUCCCAGAAAACCGCCCACGAGAGCGAGAAAUCCGAGGGCAGCAAGCGCAAGGCCGAGUCGGACACGGAGGACAAAGGGGAGGAGAGCAAGCCAAAGAAAAAGAAGGAGGAGUCGGAGAAACCGCGAGGCUUCGCCCGAGGCUUCGAGCCGGAGCGAAUCAUCGGAGCCACGGAUUCCAGCGGGGAGCUGAUGUUCCUGAUGAAGUGGAAGAACUCGGACAAGACCAACCUGGUGCCAGCCAAGGACCAGGGUUGGGAUCAGGGGUCAGGGUCAAGAUUAGGGAUCAGGGUUUGGGUUUGGGUUUAGGGUCAGUGUCAGGGA